AUGGGCUUGAAACUUCCUAUCCCGAUGGCCGACUUGAAGUUCAACGUUCCCAUGCCCUACACCAUAAGCGUGGAUGGGGAGUUGCUGGAGCUGACCAAGCAAAAGUUGGCCCUGGCUCGUUAUCCAGACGAGCAGACUGACUUUGGGGAGGGCAACUGGGCCCAGGGUGCUAAGGUUUCAUGCGUGAAGCAGUUGGCUGAAUUCUGGAGGGACAAGUACAAUUUGGGGAGAGGAAGAGAAGCUGUCCGAAUUGUUCACCCGCUUACUGAGCCAAAAGAUGCGGCUGAUCCAGCCUUCCAUUGCAUCGCUCCCUCGAUCCCAGGUUUCGGCUUUUCUCCUGCUCCGACGAAGUUAUCCAAGUUUUGUUACACAGGGUGGCGAUUUUGGCUCCUUUAUCACCGCUCCAUCGCUAUUCAGUAUCCUAAAGUAGUGCGAGCGCAGCAUCUGAACAUGUUUCCUGUGCCUCCGCUAUCGCUCUGGUCGGCUUCCCGUGCCUAUUUGCGCUGGUGCUUAUCCGCCUUCACAUACUCGGAGUUCGAGAAUAAGGCCUUGCAGGUGCGCCGGAACUUUGAGACUGACCAGAGUGGCUAUUUAGAACAGCAGAAGACGCGGCCUCAAACGCUGGGGUUCGCACUUGGCGAUUCUACUGUUGGCUUGCUGGCGUGGUUUGUCGAAAAAUUCCAUGACUGGGGCGAUGUGUAUGAGGCCUUUAGUGAUACAGAUAUCAUUACACUGGUUAUGAUGCACUGGAUUCAGGCCUUUGGUCGCGGCAUGCAAGAAGCGGACAAGACAUUUGAAGUGGACGUAUCUGUCCCGACUGGAGCAAGCAUGUACGCAAAGGAGCAGCUUCAUUGCCCCCGGGACUGGGCCGAUCAGGCCGCCAACAUCCACUACUGGAAGGAGUAUGAGCGGGGCGGACAAUUUUCGUCACUCGAGCGGCCGGACAUGUUCGUGAAGGAUCUUCCCAGUUUUUUCUCGUCCCCAGUGGUGCUAAAAUCGUAUUACUGCAGUUGA